AUGCAAAAAUUACCUAAGUUUGUUAACACUUUUGAAUAAGAUUUAAAUUAAUUAGAAACACCUCCUCAUAGAUCAAUGCUUGCAAAUUAUGAAAUUUUAAUAAAAACAAAGAAUUAUUUAGAUUAAGUAUUUUAUUAAAAGCUAGAAAAAUCUUCAAUUCAUACCCAAACAAUACUUGCAGCAAGUGUAACAGACAAUAAAUCACUAGUAUUUGAUGGAGAGAGAAAUUUAAGAUCUAGAACUAUAGAUUAGUUUCCACAAGAUCUUAAGAUUGACUCAUAAUUGAGAUUAAUUGCUGGAAAAAAAUUAUAAGUUAAAAACUGUUCUCAAACUAAAUUAAAUAAUGGAGAAACAUAAUGUACAUAGACAACCUCAAGAAGAGAAAGUACCAGCAGUUUUUUAAAGAAAGGAAUUUUAAAAAAUCAAAGUUCUAAAGAUGAGUUCAAUAUGAACCAAAAAAGAAGUGUUAGUGUUCAUUCAGGAAAAAGUGUAAGGUUUUGUCUAGCCAAUGGUAAUAUUAGAUAAUUAAUAAUGUUGAGAAAAUGA